AAAAAAUAAAAAAAAAAGAUUGCUACUCAAUACUUUCUACUUAUUAAAACCCGCAUCUUCUUCCCUUCACAUACUCCCAAUCUCAUAACACAACCUUCAACUACACACUUCUCUCACGCUGCACCACAAUGGUGAUGAUGGAGUAAUAAUCCUCCCAGAUCCACCCGUUUUACAAGGUCAAGGUGAUCUGUGAAAUAUUGCACCCCUAAACAACAUGGCUAUAGGGAAAUAUACUAGAGUAGAUGGUAGGAGAUCAUCAUCGAGUUACUGUUCAACGGUGACUAUUGUUGUGUUUGUGGCUCUGUGCUUGGCUGGGGUAUGGAUGAUGACGUCAUCCUCUGUUGUUCCAGAGCAAAAUAAAGAUGUGUCUCAAGAGGAUAAGGUUGAGAUGAAAGAACAGAAUGAGGUAAAAGAGCAGGUUAGUGAAGUUGAUAGUAGCAAUACACGACAAUUCGAAGAUAAUCCAGGUGACUUACCUGAGGAUGCAACCAAGGGGGAUAGUACUGUCACAUCAGAAGACAACUCAAACGCUAACUCUGAGGAUGCUAAAACAGAAGACACAGACAAGAAAACAGAGGAUGAAGAUUCAAAGACAGAAAAUACUGAAUCAAACUCAGAAGCUACAGAAAGUAACAAAGAAAGUGAUGAGACGUCCACUAAGGAAACUGAUUCUGAUGGGAGUGAGAAGAAUUCUGGUUCAGAUGAAAGUGAAAAUAAAUCUGAUAACGAAACAACAGAUGGUAAGAUAGAGGAGAAGGUAGAACAAAGUGAUAAUAAUGAAUCUGACGAAAACUCUAGCAAGAAUACAGAUGAUGAUUCCAAAAAUCAGAAAUCAAAUGAGGUAUACCCGUCUGGGGCUCAGUCAGAACUUCUAAAUGAAAAUAAAGCAGAAACUGGAUCUUGGUCAACUCAAGCAGCAGAAUCAAAGAAUGAAAAGGAGUCUCAAAAGUCCUCCAAGCAGUACAGUUGGAAACUUUGCAAUACUACUGCUGGCCCCGACUUUAUCCCAUGCCUUGACAACUGGAAAGCAAUUAGGAGUCUUCGGAGUACUAAACACUAUGAACAUCGAGAGAGGCACUGUCCUGAAGAACCUCCUACCUGCCUUGUCCCUCUUCCUGAAGGAUAUAAACGCUCAGUUGAAUGGCCUAAAAGCCGAGAAAAGAUAUGGUAUUACAAUGUUCCACAUACUAAGCUAGCCAAAGUUAAAGGGCAUCAGAACUGGGUGAAAGUUACUGGCGAGUACCUUACUUUUCCCGGUGGUGGAACUCAGUUCAAGCAUGGAGCACUUCAUUACAUUGACUUUAUACAAGAGUCUGUACCUGACAUUCUUUGGGGGAAACGCACACGUGUCAUAUUAGAUGUUGGAUGUGGUGUUGCCAGCUUUGGAGGAUUUCUCUUUGAUAGAGAUGUUCUUGCAAUGUCAUUUGCACCAAAAGAUGAACAUGAAGCUCAGGUGCAAUUUGCACUUGAAAGGGGAAUCCCUGCUAUUUCUGCUGUGAUGGGUACAAAGAGGCUUCCCUUCCCAGGGAAAGUAUUUGAUGUAGUCCAUUGUGCACGAUGCAGAGUUCCAUGGCAUAUUGAAGGUGGUAAACUUCUUUUAGAGUUGAAUAGGGUCUUGCGUCCUGGUGGUUUCUUUGUAUGGUCUGCUACUCCUGUUUAUCAGAAGCUUGAUGAAGAUGUUGAAAUAUGGAAUGCCAUGAAGAAACUAACAAAAGCAAUGUGCUGGGAACUAGUGUCAAUCAGCAAGGAUCAAGUUAAUGGAGUUGGUGUAGCUGUUUACAAGAAGCCAACUUCUAACCAGUGUUAUGAGGCACGUUCUAAGAAUGAUCCUCCAGUUUGUCAACUUCAUGCUACCUGGAAUGUUCCAUUGCAAGCUUGCAUGCACAAAGCACCAGUGAGUUCAACGGAACGUGGGUCGCAGUGGCCUGAGCAGUGGCCAACAAGACUGACCAACGUACCUUACUGGUUGUCAAGUGACCAAGUUGGAGUUUAUGGGAAGCCUGCCCCUGAAGAUUUUUCUGCUGACUAUAAACACUGGAAACGUGUGGUGUCGAAGUCCUAUCUAAAUGGGAUGGGAAUUCAGUGGUCAAACAUACGGAAUGUCAUGGAUAUGAACGCCAUCUAUGGAGGAUUUGCCGCAGCUUUGAAGGAUAGGAGUAUUUGGGUCAUGAAUGUGGUUUCAAUAGACUCGGCAGAUACUCUGCCCAUUAUAUAUGAACGAGGUCUAUUUGGUAUAUAUCAUGAUUGGUGUGAAUCAUUUAGUACCUAUCCCAGGACCUAUGAUCUCCUCCAUGCUGAUCAUCUAUUUUCAAAGAUAAAGAAAAGGUGCACUGUAGAUGGUUUAAUGGCCGAGGUUGAUCGGAUUCUCAGGCCGGAAGGAAAGCUUAUUGUCCGCGACACUGUUGAGACCAUUGAAGUGGUUGAGAACAUGGCAACGUCAAUGAAGUGGAAGGUUCGUAUGACUUACUCCAAGGAGAAAGAAGGCAUGUUAUGUGUCGAGAAGUCAACAUGGCGGCCCGAAGAUUCGGAAACCCUUGAGUAUGCUAUUGUUUAAGCCUAAAGUGAAAUGCUAAAAAUCGCCUAAAGUGAAAUGCAAAAACUCGUGGGUUUUGGCUGCUGAAAGUUCUUGUGUAACAGUAUUUCCACUAUCAAGCAUGUAACAAGUUAGUUAGGCAUCUAUUUAUUUUUUUUGGUCUUAUUUCCGUUUCGUAUUAAUUUUGAUAUCCCUCUAUAAUAUCCAGAGGUUGCUCUAUUUUGCCGUAACAUGUUGCGAUAUUGUCAAAGAAAUUUCAUCACAUUCAUGCAAAUGUAAAGGCCAUUGGUUAAUAUACUUUCAACAGUUUGAGAAUAA